UCUUUAUGUUAAACAAAAAUAGUGGGUAAUAUUCUCAAAAACAAUCUUAGAUAAAAAUUGUUAAAAUGGAGAAUAUGAAGGAGAUGUCGGGAUAUAUUGAAGAUCUAAAUGAGAAGGCAGCUGUACCUUACAUAGGGAGUGUUGUGUUAAUUGUACUUAUUAUAAUUGUUGGAGUGGUUGGAAACUUGCACGUUUUUCUCGUGUAUUUAUUGAGAAUGAAACCGUCAACACAUAGAAUUUUCAUUUUGUUCAUUGCAGUGGUUGACUUUUUGUCAUGUGUUAUUGCAAUGCCGUUUAUAAUACAUGAUUUACGGAAUCCUCUCACAUAUUACGCUCAAAUGACGUGUAAGUUCCUGAAGUUCAUGCUCUACUCCACAUGCUGCUCAUCAGCGCUUACACUUCUGGUUAUAGCCAUUGACAGAUACAGGAAGAUAUGUAAACCGUUUGGUCGACAGGUAACUCCAAAAAUUGCUAAAAUACUGUGUAUCAUCGUCAUCACAGUAGCUUUGUUAAUUUCAUGGCCAGCAUUUAUACUGAACGAGGUGGUCACUGUAGACACCAGUCAUCCAGACGUCUAUGGGUCUAAAUGUGCUACCGACCACAAGGAACAAUUUGGAUCAUUUUCACAAUUUUUCAGCUCAACGCUUAUAACUGUUUCAACAACAUCCCUUCUUAUCUUGUCUUUUGUAUACGUUUUGAUUUGGCGCGAAGUUUCAAAGCACAAUCUGAACCAAAAAGACAGCAAGCGCAUUUUGCCUGGAGCUAUUUCAGUACUGAAUGUAACUACUACUGGGUUCAGUACCACGGAAAUACCACGCCAUAACAGCCUACUCAGGAAAGCCAGUAAAGUGAGCAGACUGAAAGAUGACGACACAAGUAAUGAUAAUAGUGAAUUGAGUAACAAUAAUGACGCAGAUGCCAUCAGUGUUAUCAAUAUGUCGAAAAAUGAAACACUUCAAAGGCAGACAAAGAAAAAAGCAAAGAGCUACAAUAGAGCGAAAAAGAAGACAUUGAUAUUCCUAGUAGUUACUGUUGUGUUCUUUCUCGGUUAUAUGUUACACUUUACUUUAAAAAAGAUAAAGUCAACACAUGAAGGCUUUGUUGAAAGCCUUUCCCUUGAAGAACAGAUAGUUUUUAACACAUUCUUCUGGCUUUUCCUCAUCAAUCACUCAGCUAACUGUUUUAUAUACGGAUUCCUUGACGAACGGUUUAGAUUUGAAUUGCGUAGGAUGUACAAACAAUUGUUUUGUCAACCAAAAUGUACAAGAGUGGAAGAAACUGUUCAUAUUUUGUUUUUUACAAUUGUUAUUAUUAUAGAAACGAAACGCAGAAUGGAUGAAUUUAAUGGUACAAUUGAUGAAUUAAAUCACGAAGAAGCGAAGCAAUACAUAGGUGGUGUUGUGUUUGUUUCUAUUAUCAUGGUUUUUGGUUUUGUUGGAAAUUUGCACGUUCUUCUCGUGUAUGCAUUUCGUAUUAAACCAUCCAAUCAUAGGAUAUUUAUUCUGGUACUGGGAGCACUGGACUUUACAACUUGCAUUGUUGGAAUGCCAUUCAUUAUUGUUGAUCUUAGAAAUCCACUGACGUUCACGAUGUCAUCCGCUUGUAAAAUUCUCCGAUUUAUAAAUUACUUCAUUUGCUCGGCGUCUGCUCUUACACUUCUAGUAAUUGCUACUGACAGGUACCGAAAGAUAUGUGUUCCCUUAGGAGGACAAAUUUCACGUCGGAUGGCAAAACUAUUGUGUUUACUUGUCACAUGUAUUGCUUUAUUGAUAUCAUGGCCGGCACCAGUAUUGUACGGACCGGCAACAGUCCAAACGGUCAAUCCAAACAUCAAUGGCACGAGGUGCUAUACCGAAGACAAGGAAAAUUUCGCAAAAUAUCAAGCUUAUUUCAAUAGUUUAUUGAUUCUUAUAGUGAUACUAUGCUUCAUUGUUCUUUCUGUGCUAUAUACCUUGAUUUGGCGUGAAAUAGUCAAACAUAGUACACACAAACAUCGUGUGAUUAUAGAUCCACAAAAUGACUCAUCGUCUAAUGUUCAGACCAGUGAUACCAUUGAACUGACUUCUAAAUCGAAUGAAUCAACGGGCAGUCAAUUACCAGAGAAGAAGGGAGGAAAUCUCAGUCAAGAAAAGAAGAUUUAUGUAAUUGAAAGCGACAGCGAAAUGGGUAGCGGUGAACAAGUUAAGAAAAAAUGUAAAGCCGCGAAGCCUUGUAAAACACAGAAUCGUGAUCGACAGGGCUCGGACCGGUCUAAAAAGACAACGUUUAUGUUUCUGACAAUAACGAUUGUGUUUUUCAUGAGCUAUGUCCCACAUCUUAUCUUAAAAAUUGUUACAUUCUUGAACAAACAGUUUGUUCCUCAGAUGUCUUUUACAGAAAAGGUAGUUUACAAUACCUUCAUAUGGUGCUUUUUUAUCAAUAAUAUGGCGAACUGCUUUAUUUAUGGAUUUUUUGACAUAAGAUUCAGAAGUGAAUUGAAAGAAAUGUACAGGAAACUAUUUAGAUGCAGGCGUUUUAUGUACAAAUGAAUUGUAUUUGCAUCUGAGUUUUGCAAUUUCUAAUUUCUAUACUUAGAUACUUAGAAUAGAUCAUGGAAUCUUUUAUAUACUAAAACCCAUUCAACUUGAUGUCCGUUUUGUAUUUUGUAAUGAUUUCUUUCAACAGUUUUGUUGCUGCUUUUUAAGCAAUAAUAGCGCUCAUGUACCUUACUAAAUCCUAUGUCAUGCUUUAAAUGCUUCCUCGUGCUUCUGUACAUACUUGUUUAGGAUAAAAGGUGCAUUUUAACCUUUAUUGUAUACCUCAACAAGGUGAGAUACUAGUUUGCUUCAUUAAAAAGAAGCAAGCUAGAGGGCUUUUUGCCGUUGUGGUUGAUUUUUUUAAUUGUUCAAAUGGCGGGAAAGUUUACAAGAAUUUCUGACAGGUCUAAUUUCAACAUAUCGGCUAUUUAAUGGAAUACUUUUAUGUAUACGUGUGAUGAACACAUGUAUCAUCACUGGAUUUCACAGGAAUACAGGCUAGGAAUAUCGUGUUUACUUUCAAGAGAUGAUAAUUAGCUGUCAAAACAUGAUAUCUUCUCUCAGAAAAGAGAAAUAACAUAAUUAUGUAUUGUCAGGCAAACUGAUUUUAAUAUUGAUGGUUGUUCUUUUAGAUUUAUACAUUUUUAGAAUUACAUGUAUGAAGUUUUUAAUGAUUGUAUAUAUUUUAAAGCUGCAUACCUCCAGAUGAGCCAACAUAUUUCAAGAAAAUCAAACUUGAGGAAAAUGUUCUAAGAUUUUAAGGAAAGUAAAAAGAUUCAAUAUUCAAGUAAUUCUUUGCAUUUUUUGUUCGAUUAAUGACUCAUUUUGCAGUAUUCAUCAUAUUUUUACUGUGUAACCAACGCAGUAAGAGGUAGUUUUGCAUAUUUUGACUUCAUUUUUGUAAUUCACGAGAAUUGUGAGUGCCGUUUGCAAUGUGUAAAUUAUUUUCUUUGUUCACUUCACAUAGUUGUACUUUUAAAUAUACAUUUUCAUGAACAUAAGCAUGAAUCUGGAGGCAUGCUGCUUUAUGGUACAACCUUUUAUUGUUUUAAUGUUUUUACCGAGUUAAUAUGUCAUACUCUAUAUUAAAUAUGUAGUAAUA